GACUGACCAAUCCAUAAACAUACUGUGAAUACAAACAAAAUGGUGGAAGAAGAAGAGCCUGACCAAUAUGUGGAAGAAAAGACCCGACCCAUUACAAGUGCUAUGAUCACUUCUUUUUUCCUUUUCUGAUUAGUUCCUGUAACAAGAGUUGAAUUCCCAACUAUUCGCUCCACAACACAAGACUGAGCUACAAAGGCUUGGGAAGUGCCUCGAUCACUUUUACGUAGUAACAGCUGCUCUUCUUUUGGGGAAAGAUAAACUUCAUAAUCAUUCCAAAACUUAAGCUCAUUUCUCAAUGGUUGCCAGAAAUCUUCCCAUCACGCUUCUCUUUCUGUUCUCAUCGUUAUUCGCUAUGGCGGUGGGACUGGAAAUGAAGAAUUCAACCAACUAUCCUAUUGUGGUGAGCACUUGGCCUUUCUUGGAAGCCGUUAGGGCAGCUUGGAGGGCUGUGGAUUCUGGGUUGUCUGCAGUAGAUGCUGUUGUGGAGGGUUGUUCUGCUUGUGAGGAUUUAAGAUGUGAUGGUACUGAUUCUAAUGGUAUAAUUUCCGUCAGGAAGAAAAAUAGAAAUAGAAAGAGAAAACUACGAGUGGGGCCUGGUGGAAGUCCGGAUGAGAAUGGAGAAACAACAAUUGAUGCCCUUGUUAUGGAUGGGAUGACAAUGGAGGUUGGAGCUGUUGCUGCCAUGAGGUAUGUCAAAGAUGGGAUUAGAGCAGCAAGACUUUUAAUGCAGCACACGAAACAUACUUUGCUUGUCGGGGAGAAGGCUUCAGCUUUUGCCAUCUCAAUGGGUCUUCCAGGACCCAUAGACCUUAGCUCACCAGAAUCUAAAGAGAAAUGGACAAAAUGGAGAGAGGAUAGCUGCCAACCAAACUUUUGGAAAAAUGUUGUUCCUGCUGAUAGUUGUGGCCCCUACCAACCAACAGAUAAUACAGGCCUUACUAAUGGGGCAUGCUCCAAAGCCAGUAUCUUUGGAUCAAUUGAGUACAGAUCAUCUCUUUUUGGCCUUCGGAGUCAUGAUACCAUAUCAAUGGCUGUUAUUGAUAAAGUGGGUCAUAUUGCUGUUGGAACAUCAACUAAUGGAGCCACUUUUAAGAUACCUGGAAGGGUGGGUGAUGGACCAAUUGCUGGAUCUUCAGCAUAUGCUGAUGAUGAAGUAGGUGCUUGUGGAGCAACGGGUGAUGGAGACAUCAUGAUGCGCUUUCUUCCAUGUUAUCAAGUUGUGGAGAGUAUGAGAUUGGGAAUGGAACCUAAGCUUGCUGCCAAGGAUGCAAUAUCACGAAUCGCGAGAAAAUUUCCAGAUUUUGUGGGGGCUGUUAUUGCUAUCGAUAAGAAGGGCGCGCAUGCUGGUGCUUGCCAUGGAUGGACAUUUCAGUACUCUGUAAGAAGCUCAGACAUGGAUGAUGUGGAGGUUUUCACAGUAUUGCCUUGAAAUAGCAACUAUUUGCAAAUCAUGCAAUAGCUCUUGCAGCUGAUUGUUCUCAUUCUCCAUUCAUGCCAAAAUCAAAUCCCCAUUAAAUUUAUACAACCCUAUUAUUCUUAAUUCUUGAAAGAUAGAACUUUCUGCAUGCUUGUAUGCAGUAACUCUUUUAGGAAAUUUGUAAGUGGGAAAACAAUUUGAUCUUUUAUAAAUAAUAAAAUAUGAGAGAUAAUGAAA